CUCGCUCGCGCGCUGUGUAUGGUCUAUCGCAGGCAGCUGACCUUUGAGGAGGAAAUCGCUGCUCUCUGCUCCUUCCUGUAGUAACAGCCGCCGCCGCCGUCAGGAGCCGUCAGGAGCCCCGGGGGCCCGGAGCCACAGCCGCGGGGCGCUCCGCAGCAGCAGGUGAACAGCCAUGGCCGGCUGGAUUCAGGCCCAGCAGCUGCAGGGAGAUGCGCUGCGCCAGAUGCAAGUGUUGUAUGGGCAGCACUUUCCCAUCGAGGUCAGGCACUACCUGGCCCAGUGGAUCGAGAGCCAGCCGUGGGAUGCUAUUGACUUGGACAAUCCCCAGGACCGAGGCCAGGCCACCCAGCUCCUGGAGGGCCUGGUGCAGGAGCUGCAGAAGAAGGCAGAACACCAGGUCGGGGAGGAUGGGUUUCUGCUGAAGAUAAAGCUAGGCCACUACGCCAAGCAGCUCCAGAACACCUACGACCGCUGCCCCAUGGAGCUGGUCCGCUGCAUCCGGCACAUUCUGUACAACGAGCAGAGGCUGGUCCGGGAAGCCAACAAUUGCAGCUCCCCUGCUGGUGUCCUGGCUGACGCCAUGUCCCAGAAGCACCUUCAGAUCAACCAGACAUUCGAGGAGCUGCGCCUGAUCACGCAGGACACGGAGAACCAGCUGAAGAAGCUGCAGCAGACCCAAGAGUACUUCAUCAUCCAGUACCAGGAGAGCCUGCGGCUCCAAGCUCAGUUCGCCCAGCUGGCUCAGCUGAACCCCCAGGAGCGCAUGAGCCGGGAGACGGCCCUCCAGCAGAAGCAAGUGUCCCUGGAGACCUGGCUGCAGCGAGAGGCGCAGACGCUGCAGCAGUACCGCGUGGAGCUGGCUGAGAAGCACCAGAAGACCCUGCAGCUGCUGCGGAAGCAGCAGACCAUCAUCCUGGACGACGAGCUGAUCCAGUGGAAGCGGCGGCAGCAGCUGGCCGGGAACGGGGGUCCCCCCGAGGGCAGCCUGGAUGUGCUGCAGUCCUGGUGUGAGAAGCUGGCUGAGAUCAUCUGGCAGAACCGGCAGCAGAUCCGCAGAGCCGAGCACCUCUGCCAGCAGCUGCCCAUCCCAGGCCCCGUGGAGGAGAUGCUGGCCGAGGUCAACGCCACCAUCACAGACAUCAUCUCAGCCCUGGUCACCAGCACCUUCAUCAUCGAGAAGCAGCCUCCUCAGGUCCUGAAGACCCAGACCAAGUUUGCAGCCACCGUGCGCCUGCUGGUGGGGGGGAAGCUGAAUGUGCACAUGAACCCCCCGCAGGUGAAGGCCACCAUCAUCAGCGAGCAGCAGGCCAAGUCCCUGCUCAAGAACGAGAACACCCGCAACGAGUGCAGCGGCGAGAUCCUGAACAACUGCUGCGUCAUGGAGUAUCACCAAGCCACGGGCACCCUCAGCGCCCACUUCAGAAACAUGUCACUGAAAAGAAUCAAGCGUGCUGACAGGCGUGGCGCAGAGUCCGUGACGGAGGAGAAGUUCACGGUCCUGUUUGAGUCUCAGUUCAGCGUCGGCAGCAAUGAGCUGGUUUUCCAGGUGAAGACCCUGUCCCUCCCCGUGGUCGUCAUUGUUCACGGCAGCCAGGACCACAAUGCUACUGCCACCGUGCUGUGGGACAACGCCUUUGCCGAGCCGGGCAGGGUGCCGUUUGCCGUGCCUGACAAGGUGCUGUGGCCUCAGCUGUGUGAGGCGCUCAACAUGAAGUUCAAGGCCGAAGUGCAGAGCAAUCGGGGCCUGACCAAGGAGAACCUGGUGUUCCUGGCCCAGAAACUGUUCAAUAUCAGCAACAGCCAUCUCGAGGACUACAGCAGCAUGUCCGUGUCCUGGUCCCAGUUCAACCGGGAGAACUUGCCUGGCUGGAACUAUACCUUCUGGCAAUGGUUCGACGGGGUGAUGGAGGUACUGAAGAAACACCAUAAGCCUCACUGGAACGAUGGGGCCAUCCUCGGCUUUGUGAACAAGCAACAGGCCCACGACCUGCUCAUCAACAAACCAGACGGGACCUUUCUGCUGCGCUUUAGCGACUCAGAGAUCGGAGGCAUCACCAUCGCUUGGAAGUUUGACUCCCCGGACCGAAACCUCUGGAAUCUGAAGCCGUUCACCACCAGGGAUUUUUCUAUUCGGUCUCUGGCCGACCGGUUGGGGGACCUGAGCUACCUCAUCUAUGUGUUUCCAGACCGACCCAAGGAUGAGGUCUUUGCCAAGUACUACACUCCUGUGCUUGCAAAAGCAGUCGAUGGGUACGUGAAGCCGCAGAUCAAGCAAGUGGUCCCCGAGUUCGUCAAUGCAUCCGCAGAUGCCGGAGCCAGCGCCACCUACAUGGACCAGGCCCCAUCCCCAGUAGUGUGUCCUCAGGCUCACUACAACAUGUAUCCGCAGAACCCCGACCCCGUCCUCGACCAAGAUGGCGAAUUUGACCUGGAUGAGACCAUGGAUGUGGCCAGGCACGUGGAGGAACUUCUGCGCCGGCCCAUGGAUGGCCUGGAGCCCCGCCUCUCCCCACCUGCUGGCCUCUUCACCUCUGCCAGAGGCUCCCUGUCCUGAAUGCUGGAGUCCACGCUUCUCUUAGAAAACCACCUGCGGUAUGAAGGGCCCGUGUCCGUUGUGACUGUAGGAUCUCUGUAUAUACCGAUGGCUUUGUGCACGCAUGCGCAUUUGUGCAGUGAGCAGCGGCCGUGCCGCCUCAGCCGCCCAGGUCUGUGGCUAAGCUAGUGGUGGCCUUUUGGUUCAGACCUCAAGGGGCCCCUGGGUCUAUCACAGAAAGAGCUGAGCCUAGCACUGUAGACAAACCUGUCUCUCCAGUUUCCUUUAUCUGUCCAAUGGCUAUUUAAGUGAAAUGAUUCUAGAAAAGUAAGGCAGGCAGGUUUAGGCAACCAAAUGAAAGCUUUACUCCUAAACUAGAAGCUUCACCUAGAUUGGGGCGCACCUGUCCUCACACACAGGUGACUGCCUCGUUGAUGUGCUCCCUCUGGAGGGAGACUGGGCUUCAUCUUAGUGACCCUUCAUACUUUAGUAAAUAUGGGCUGCAGACUGAACCCUCAGCCUAUCUGAGCUGCAGCCAUCUACGCGGCAGCCCCGGUUCAUGUGAGUCAGGGCUGCCACAGCCAGUCCCUGGGCUCUCAUCUUUGAGCCAGGUUGGACAUGGCUUCCCAGUCUCGUUGCCUUGUCCACAUUCCCAACCUCCCUUUCAUCCCACCUGAUAUCCUCAGCCUUCCAUAUGGACUCGUUCUUCCUGCUUUCUUAUUUGCUUGUUUGUUCUUUGAGACCCAUGUAGCCCAGGAUGACCAUGAAUGAUCCACCCCCCACCCCACCCCCAGCUUCUAGAGUGCUACGAUUACAGGCAUGCACGACCACACCCGGCCUCAGCCUCUCUCCCCUUUCUCUUUGCAACCUUGCUUACUCUCAGAAAAGAGGGGACUACUGGGAAUAGGAGACCUGGGGAGAAAAACCUCUAGCACGUUAAGAGCAGCAGGCAACAGUCUGUAGGGUUUUGCAGAGCACUCAGUGGGUCCGCCCUGUCGGGAGGUGGAACCUGGAACAGGCUUUGCACCGUUGCAUCAUGGGUUGUGGUCUAGGAAGGCCUCUCGGCAGCUCCUCCCUCUGAGGCUGACAGGGCAGCCAGGGCUAGCUGACUAGGAGUCCUGGCUUCCAACUUCUCUGAAGGGAGGGAUGCUUUUUAUAUUUUGUACAUAGACCUCAUGUUUAUGUAAACAGUGUUUUUGAAUAAAGUUUGUGUUUGUUUGUUGUAAAUCUA